AUGGCGCCGCAGAUCGGCAACGCGGCAGACCCAGUAUUGACGCGAAUCGUGCAGCAAGAUCGCACACCAUGGUAUCAGAAGAGGAACUUGAGGGUGUUGUACGCGUUGUUGUUGCCCUGUUGCAUUGGCAUCGAGAUGACCAGUGGGUUUGACUCACAGAUGAUCAACACUGUUCAGAUCUCACCAGCAUGGCAAACCUACUUUCAUCAUCCAGAGGGAGCGCUAUUGGGCAUCAUCUCGGCCGCGUACAACCUGGGCGCGAUUUGCGCGCUACCAUUCGUACCCUACGUCAACGAUUCAUACGGAAGGCGAUGGGCCAUCUUUUUGGGUAGUUGGAUCAUGGUGGUCGGCGCCCUCGUGCAGGCUUUCUCCAUCGGUCCUGCCAUGUACGUGGCGGCUCGCUGGAUCCUCGGCUUCGGCAUCCCGUUCUGCAUCAUCGCCGGAUCUUCGCUUAUGGGAGAGCUCGCAUACCCCAAAGAACGCCCUAUCAUGACCUCCCUAUUCAAUGCCCUCUACUUUGUUGGUGCACUCGUUGCCGCGGGCGUAUCGUUUGGCACACAGCAUCUGAACUCAGACUGGGCGUGGCGAAUACCCUCGCUCCUACAAGCUGGUCCGUCUAUGCUCCAAAUCAUCUUCAUAUUCUUUAUACCCGAAUCUCCUCGUUAUCUAAUUUCCAAGGAUAAGCGCGAUGAGGCUUAUCAAAUACUGGUCCACUACCACGCAGAAGGAAACUCGCAAUCCGACUUCGCCCUCGCAGAAAUGGCCCAGAUCGAAUCGACAAUCCGGCUUGAACUCCAAUAUUCGCAGAGCUCUUGGUUCGAUAUGAUAUCUACUCCCGGUAUGCGCAAGCGCGUCCUCGUUGGCUCCUUUCUUGGUCUGUUCACACAGUGGAGUGGGAACACGCUCAUUUCGUACUACCUCUCCGACCUGCUCAAGCUCAUUGGGUAUGACGACCCGAACUUUAAGGGUAAGCUAAACGUCGGGCUGAACAGUUGGAAUUUGGUCAACGCAGUGGCGAUCAGUCUGUUGGUGCGGCGAUUCCCAAGACGAGUUAUGUACCUGACAUGUGCGACGGCACUGUUGUGUUGUUAUGUCGGGUGGACAGUAGCAAUGCAGCAGUUCUUGGACAGACACACCCAGGUGGCAGCGAAAAUCACUAUCUUCUUCAUCUUCGCGUACCAGCCGUGCUACAACAUCGGCUACAACGCUUUGACAUACACAUUCCUCGUCGAAUUGUUUCCCUUCGCUCAACGCGCCCGCGGUAUAACAAUCUUCCAAUUCUUCGGCCGCGGCGCCGGCUUCUUCACCACCUUUGUCAACCCCAUCGGCCUCAGGGAAGUCAGCUGGCGCUGGUUAAUAACCUACUGCUGCUGGCUCACAUUCGAAAUCAUCUUCAUCUACUUUUUGUUCCCCGAGACCUACGGGCGCACACUGGAAGAGCUUGCAUUUCUCUUUGAAACAGACGCGCGUGCGGAGGAAGUCCGGCAGCGCGUGGAGAAGCAACUGCAGCGUGAGCUGGGCGAGUUCGACUUCGACUUCGACAAGGCGAGCGUCAACAGGCGGAGCGAUACCCCGCUUAUGCCGCGAGUGCAUUCGCGGACGACGGUCACAGCGGGUGGGCGGGACAGGGUGAUUGACGAGCGGUGGGAGUCGGGCGGCUGGGCCGGCGACGACCAUAGUCGCUGGCCAUGA